CAUACGUUCAAUAUCGUGCAGAAUUUUUUCGUGUCGGCUGUGUGAGAAUGUGUACGGUACCCGUCUGUAUGUAUGUACUAAGCAAAAUCAAACAGCAAAAAUAAUUAUAUACACAAAAUUAAACCAGAAAGAAAAAUAUACAUAGUGAGUGAAACAUUACCAACGACGGACGGCUAAUUUUGGCCAGGGCAAUUGUUUCCACGGAAAAUAAAUCACACAAGCAAAAGAAUCUAUUGGAGAGUUGUUGGCUGGUCCGUCCGGGGUGUAGAAAGAAAAAAAUGAAACAUUAUCUGUGAAUGAAGAGAUAUCUGUGAACGACGAGCCGACUGACGGACGUCUCGUACAGAUGCAAAAUCUUAAGUGAUAAUUUCCAAAUCUACUAGAAUCGCAAAAUUAAGAACCAAGUAACCGAAACUGAAUUGUGAGAACGCAGUGAUUGGAAACAAAAGUGAUGUGAGUGCGGAAAAUAUCAAUCUCCAAUUCGAAGUGUGCACCCAGCCAGCGGGAUGAGCAACAGAGAUACAAAAGGUUGAAAUUUCGCCCCAUUCCCAGAACAUUGUGCAUUAAUUACACGAUGGGCAUGUGUAUGUGCGCGCGCGUUUAUAUGUAACAUGUAUUAACUAGAAGUCAAACACGAGAUAAUCUCCUUUUUCGUUCGGCGGCCGUAGUGGCAGUUCAACUCCAACUUUGUUUUUGUUUGCGUGUGAAAAGAUACAAUUGGCCGAUUCCCGCCUGCCCGGCCCACUUGCCGACGAGACCUAAACAUACACACAUAUGCAUCCGUGUAUCUAUGCAUGUACAUAAACACAUACGUCAUAUGCAGGGUCAUACUAUCUGUACUCAUUCAAUAACAGGCACAAAAGUGUGCAACAAUCAACAUAAAUAACAAGAAAAGACUACAACAAUAACAAUCGAGAACCGAUGAAAAACAUAAAUUAUUCCUAAAACAGUGUACAAAAAUUUUCAAUUGGGUGCUCGCGUUCAAUACCGUUCGCCGUCGUUCGUGUCUACUUAAGCUUCAAUUGGAAGAAGAUUUCAUAUAGAAAAGAUUUGAGUCAGAUCAUAUAAUUUAUGCAGCCCCAGACACAGAUAUUGCUGCUGCUGCUUACUUCAGUGCCUGCCACAAGUGAUCGAUUCAUGCAUCCAACCGACAAUAGGACAACCCAAAGGCAUUUGCACAAUUGUUUCGCAACCACAAGCAUAUUUCAAUAUUGACACUGGCAGCGGAUGUGUCGUAAUGGUGUUGUAUGAAAACAGAACACCGAACUGAGUCAAAAGCAGAGUCCGCGUUAAGCUAACUGUAAAGUUGGUUGGCUUGGUAUUUCUGGGGCGCAACUGCCAGCGUUGCUAUAAGAAGGUGCACGAAGGUGAGGCGAUAAAGAACAGGGAACAUGUUAAACACAGGCACAUACGUAUCAACUGGACCGGUGGAAGUAUCGCAGUCUUUGCAGGACGGAGAAAAAUUCAUAAAAUGGGAUGAUGAUUCGUGUCAAGGAACCCCCGUUACUAUGCGGGUCGACCCUGGCGGUUUCUUUCUUUACUGGGUGGAUCAAAAUAACGAAAUGGAUAUGCUUGAUAUUGCCGCAAUAAGAGAUGUUAGAACAGGACAAUAUGCAAAGAAACCAAAGGACCCUAAAUUGACCCAGAUAGUAACUCUCGGCUCUCAGGACACGUUGGAGGAGAAAACUGUCACGGUGUGCCAUGGUUCCGAUUUCGUAAAUAUCUCCUUUAUCAACUUUUGUUGUACGAAAAAGGAAAUUGCACAGCACUGGUGUGAUGGUUUAAUGCGCUUGGCCUACAGUUUGGCCCAUCUAAAUGGAUCAGUGAAUAUGUUUCUGAAGAAAGCCCACACAAAGCUAUGUCUACAAAUCGAUAAAAGUGGCAACAUUCCAGUAAAGAACAUCGUGAAGAUGUUUGCCCAAAACAAGGAUGAUCGCAAACGAGUGGAGAAAGCUUUGGAGAAUACAGGCCUACCGUCGGGCAAGACCGAAACUGUUCCUAUUUCGAAAUUUACUUUUGAAGAGUUUUACAACUUAUAUAAGAAUCUCACUCAACGCAACGAGGUUGAAAAGGUCUUCGAUAAUCUAGUUGGCAACACAAAGCGGAAAUAUAUGACAACAAAUCAGUUCAUGGAUUUCUUAAAUAAUACUCAACGCGAUCCUCGUCUUAAUGAAAUUUUAUAUCCUUAUGCGGACACGGAAAGAGCAAAAGAAGUGAUAACGCAAUACGAGCCUAAUAAGUUCAAUGCACAAAAAGGCCUCCUUAGCUUAGACGGAUUUUUGAGGUAUCUAAUGUCAGAAGACAAUCCAAUAAUGGCUGCAAAUAAAUGGGAUUUAAGUGACGACAUGAAUCAACCUUUGGCCCAUUAUUUUAUCAACUCAUCGCACAAUACAUAUUUAACGGGGCACCAGUUGACGGGUAAAUCAUCUGUGGAAAUUUAUCGGCAAUGUCUCCUAGCGGGAUGCAGAUGUGUAGAGCUUGAUUUUUGGAACGGGCGCACUGAUGAGCCUGUAAUUGUUCAUGGUUACACAUUUGUGCCUGAAAUUUUCGCCAAAGAUGUUUUAGAAGCUAUUGCGGAGAGUGCGUUUAAAACGUCGGAGCUCCCUGUGGUGCUUAGCUUCGAAAAUCACUGUAAUCCAAGGCAGCAGGCUAAAAUUGCUAAUUAUUGCCGAGAAAUUUUUGGUGAAAUGUUGCUAGAUAAGCCUUUAGAUUCCCACCCCCUUGAACCUAAUGUCGAGUUACCACCACCAUCGUCGCUCAAACGUAAAAUUAUCAUUAAAAACAAGAAGAAACAUCAUCAUCACCAUCAUCACAAGAAAAAUGCUGGCUCGUCGGCUAAUAACAAACAGUUGGUGUCUGCAAAUUCAGUUGAUGCGUCGCAUAAAUUAGUGGCUGGCGCUUCGUCAUUAGCGAAUACAUCACAACACGAGGAUGGGAAUACCGGUGGGUUGACUACAACAAACGGUGACAUAGGGAACGGAAGCAAUCAUGCCCCGCCUUUACAUCAACUACGACAGAGCUCCAAAGAUAGCACUGGCUCCUCAGACACCGAUAGCUCCAGUGACGACGAGUCUCUUCCAAAUACAACUCCAAUUCUGCCAAGUGGCAAUGAACCACCGCCGGAAAAGGCACAAAAAGAAACGGAAGCGGGUGCUGAAAUAUCUGCUUUGGUUAACUACGUACAGCCAAUUCAUUUUAGUUCUUUUGAGAACUCAGAAAAGAAAAAUCGUUGCUAUGAAAUGUCUUCGUUUGAUGAGAAACAAGCUACAACUUUGCUAAAGGAACGACCGAUCGAGUUUGUCAACUAUAACAAACAUCAAUUGUCUCGCGUAUAUCCGGCUGGUACACGUUUCGACAGUUCCAAUUUCAUGCCACAAUUAUUUUGGAAUGCCGGUUGCCAGCUGGUCGCUCUAAAUUUCCAAACGCUGGAUUUGGCUAUGCAGCUUAAUUUGGGUAUUUUUGAGUACAAUGGUAGAUCCGGAUAUUUGUUAAAGCCAGAAUUUAUGAGACGUACGGACAGACGUUUAGAUCCAUUCGCUGAAAGCACUGUUGAUGGAAUUAUAGCGGGUUCUGUAUCUAUAACGGUGCUGUCUGGUCAAUUUCUCUCUGACAAAAGAAUUGGAACCUACGUCGAAGUGGAUAUGUUCGGCCUCCCUGCUGAUACCGUACGAAAGAGGUUUCGUACAAAAAUCGUCAGGGAUAAUGGAUUAAAUCCUGUUUACGACGAGGAUCCUUUUGUUUUUAAGAAAGUCGUACUUCCGGCAUUGGCAAGCAUACGAAUCGCCGCAUACGAAGAAGGUGGGAAAUUUAUUGGACAUCGUGUAUUACCCGUAAUUGGAUUACGACCGGGCUAUAGGCAUCUCAGUUUGAGAAACGAGGUAGGACAGCCACUGCCACUGACAUCGUUAUUUCUGUGCAUUGUGGUGAAGGACUAUGUUCCGGACGACAUAGCAAUAUUUGCUGAGGCAUUGGCGAACCCAAUAAAAUACCAAAAUGAAUUGGAAAAACGUGAUAAACAACUGGCAGUUUUACAAGAAGACACUGAACCCGUUUUGAGCGAGGAUGACGUUACCAACUCGUUCGUUUUCGUUCAAAUAGGUGGCCAAAAGAAGGAGUUACGACCCGUAGAGUCUAGUACAAUUAGUCCAAAACAUAGAUCGAGUCUCUCGACUGGGGCCGCAACGAGCACGGAAACAUCAAAUGCCCGCGAUGUUGGCGACGCGGUUGCAAACAACGCUAUGCAAAGUAUUCAACACCAGCAUUCGUUGGAUUCUACGGCACAAACUUCCACGUCAAUCAAACAGAUAGAAUCGUCGCAGUUCGAUGUUGAGUCGUUGUCCGCAGAACCAUUGGAAAAGAUCCUGGAGCACAAGAGCGUCAAAGAGAAGCGCAUGGAAUUUGAAAAGAAAUUGGAGUCCCUGCGUAAGAAGCACGACAAAGAAAAGGUAAAAAUCAGCGGUUCAAAAUCGAGUUCUUUGGAAAGUAGCAAAAAAACAAAGUUCGCCAGCAAAUUGGUAAAACGUAUUAGCAACAAAAAUCUAUCUUGUUUGUCUUCUUCAAACAGUGAGUCCUCAGUAGAAGUUCCUCCCUGCGUCAGGGACGUGGGUGAAAAAAGCGAGAUGUUAGAAAGCGCUGGAGAGGCUGUAACAGCCUUGGAUGCCAGCAUUGAGGAGAGAAUGCUUCUGGCGUGCCGACAGAACGUGCUGCAGUACCAGGAGCUGCAAAGGAAAUACCAUGAAAUUAUUUACGCUGUUGCCGAAAAGGUGCUGCAAAAUUCUCAAGAAUCUCAGAACAAACAGCUGAAGUCAUCAUUGGACCGAGUCAAUAAUGAGAUAAUGCAUCAGUUGAAAGUAGCUCGAAAGAAAGAAGUAGAAAACUUGGCUCUAGUUCACAAAGAUAAAGAUGAGUUGGUGCGAAUGAAACGGGAAGUACGCAGUUCUGUGGUGGAGCGUGGUGUAGCAGAACGAUCUCGCUUGAUGAAUGUGUAUGAACAACGCUCCGAAGAGUUGCGCAAGCAACAUGACUUAGUACGUAACAGCUUCGCGGAACACAAAACGAUGGCACUGCAAAUAAUGGAAAAAGAAUUUGAAUCUCGGACAUGUGUGACAACCAACGGUUUCCUAAGAAUCUUCCAAAACGCCAACACCUCGUCAAGUGGAGCAGCAAUGGGAAACGAAAUGAACCUACAAGUUGGAUCAACAAAUCGUUUGUCUGCGAUUUCCCCUGCGCGUUCAAACACCAGUAUUACUAAUAGUGCCGCCGGUGUUACUACAUAAAUGGCAUACCCUUGAUGUGAUCGAGCCGGAUGUUAUGAUAAUCUCUUGGUGAAUAUUCAUUCAAUAAUUAUAGCACAUAACCGAGUAUGUGCCGCGACUCCGUUUUGAAAGUAGAGUUGCACUGAACUUUGACUUUGACCUUGCUCUUGUUUUUAUACCUAAAUCCGAAACUUUAGUAUUAAGAAAGUUGUAUGUAAUCUCAAUCCCUUUGCGUGCUAUGAUAAAUCAUAUUCAUUUCAGACUGAACUCUACACGGAGAUUCCAAAAGAGAUAUUUCAAAAAUAUCCAUCCUCCAUGUUAGGUAAUCCUUCGAAAGUUUUCAUUAUGUUCGACUUUGUACUUAUGUUUUUGUAUAUCUAUUUAUUAUUACUAUUAUGCCUAUUUUAAAGGAGCAAAGUUAAAAUCGUUGCAACAUUUGAUUUUUAUAGAUCUUAAGUAAUGGUAGGUUGACAAAGUUGUUGUAGGCAUAUACGUAACUAUGCAAUUUCAUAGUUAUUUCAAGUAGAAAGUAUUUAUUACUUAGACAAUUUAGUUGACAAAUAAUCGGAAUUGGUAUUAGAAAACAAUUUGUAGGUGGAAAACUAUAAUCCUAAAAAAAUAAUUAUUCGAAAAAGAAAAAAAAAAAAAAAACAAACAACAAUUUUAGUUACAAUUGUUAAUUUCAAAUAAGAUACCCCACACAUUGUUAUUAACCUUUCAAAGAAUACAUAUGUUAAUGAAUAUAGUAUGUAGAAUGUAGAGCAAUGCAUUACUAAAUACAGUGGCUCAUAGUAAUGUGGGGGACUAGCAGAAUACCUUCGUUUUAAUUCUGAAACAAUGGCAAAAAAAAUUUAUUAAAAACACAAUGUUGGGUCUAGGAUAAAUUUGUUAAUGGACCAAAGCAAUGGGCAAGGGAGAGACACGUUUUUCACGAAUCAUUGCAUAGUGAUAUUGUAAGUCUAGUACAUCUUGUGAAGGUUGUAGUCAUAAAUUGUGUAUGGUAUUGUACCACAACAGCAAAAUGCAUUCGAGUUUAAUUUACCACAAGUUUUGGUAUUUCACCCCACAAAAAAAAGGAUUGUAAAGCGAGUACUUUCUGCUUACAGGUGUGUAGAAAAUCUGAUUGCUGUACAGUCUCUUUGUUUUGAUAGUUCUUUUCGUGGUGUAAAAAAUAGAAGAUUAAAAGAAUGGAGGCCAAGGAAAAGCAAAGCAAAUUGAAUUUUAUCAAUUGCAUUUUUAGCAAGAAAUUAUAUUAUUUUACUUUUCUCUGAUUGUUAGGGCAUUUUUAAUAUUUUUUUUUAUUUAUUUCUUUGUCAAUUAAAUUAAAAUUACAAGUUGGCGAGGAAGCCACACAAAUCAAUGAUGUACAGGAUUAGAUAACAAACAUCGAGUGCAACUUUGCUGAAAAUGCAAUGAAAAUAAGUUGGCUUGAGUUGAACUUAAUGACAUUUUUAUAAAAUAAGAAAGAACGUUAUUUUCUUUUGUUCUCGUUGCGACGAGGAUCAACUGCCGCUAUGAAAUUCUCCAUUGCUCAUUAGGUAAUUUCAAAACAUAUGCUACUCCUUAGUUACUGGAUGCGCUGUAUAUUCUCUUUGGUAAUGCACAUUGUUGGAACACUCUUCAUAAAUCAAUAUUAAACGCAACACAAACACAUGUAGAGUGUAUCCUAAUUAUAAUACCACUAUGGAAUGCAAAAAGAACAAAAAACACAUUUGGUUGUAAUUUUGAAAUUUAACGAAAUACUUUUUAAGUUAAUUUACGUUUUUUUUCUAGUUUAAGAUAAGCAAAACAAGCUAAACAACUAGUCCUAUAUCCAAAAAAAGUUAAUAAAUCGAAUCUCACAAUUUCAGAUGAUGCUUCCUUUUUCUUUGUUUGAAUGUCUUAACGUAUUUAUUUAUUCGAAUACAUGAAUCACAAUUUAUAAUUUAUUGAAUCUGAAAUAAUUUAAGAAGUGCUAAAUUAACCACAAGAAACACAAUUAAAUAAAUCUCUCUUUGAGAUGAUUAUAAGUUUAGAUGUUGGUAUUACCCGAGAAUGUUGGUAUUACAACGCAGGCACAAUAAACACGGAUAAUGUUCACGUUUAUUUUUGAGAGCGUGCGAAAGAUAAAAGAAAAACUAAAAGUUCCUCCGUCUUUGAGUUGUAUUGUGCGGCGUAUCUCAUACUGAUUACGCCAUUAUUAGUUUACUAAAAAGGCAGCAUUAUCAUCAUUCAUUUACCUCUAAAAUACAUCAACAUAGUCAUUGCGAACAGAAAUAAAUUUUAAUUAUUAAUACACUACAUUUAAAAUAAGUGAAGACGUUCUGACAUCCAUCUCCAUAUUAAAAGUCUCGAAAGGUACACACAGAAUAAAACAAUUGACGGACCUACUCCUGAAUGGAGUGAGCUGAUUCUAUAUUACUUAACGUUAACUUUUCACCAAAUAUGUAUGUUAUUAUUUCUCAGUUUUUAUUUCAAGAUUAAUUUUUAUUUUUACUCGAGAUAUUGUUCUGAAAUAUGUACCUUCGGAAUAUGAAAUAGAACUGUGGGUACCGUACUGGCUAAUGUUACGUAUAACUAGUUUACAACUGCAAACUAUGUUGACUUUUAAUAGUACGAACUAAGCAUGUCACGCGUGCUAGCUAUGGUGUUAAAUACUAUAACCUGUAUAUGAAAAUGUAUGUGAUUAUGAUCUAGAUUCUUUGUGUUAAUAAUUGUUAAGAUCUAACUUAUUACUUUGUCUGUUUGCUUUUUUGUAACAAUUAAAUAAAUGUUUUAACGCAAUACCACA